UAACUGAUCAAAGCCUGUGCGCGCGUUCUGUGCUCGUGUACGGCAGAACGCAGUUGCGCGCGGAGUCUGUCUGCGACGGAAGCCUUCACAGCACUGGAUUCAUACUUUGAUACACCUGCAACAUCGGCACACUUUCGAAGAGAGCUGCCAGAAAUUAUUUUGAGGCAAGCAAGUGGAUUUAGGCAUUCAGAGGAAGCUGACCAUCACCUCCUCAUGAUGCACAUGAACAGCUUGUUGAACCGAUGGAAUGAGAUCUCCAAGAUGUGUGAGGUGGAAGACACUCCAGAACCAGUCAGUCCCACGCUGCUCAAUGAGUCCACAGACACCUACUGCCAGACCGACUGCUGGCACCGACUCCGCGCCACGGUCCGGAAGCUAGAGUUCUGGGAAGACUUCAGUGCAGAGCUUAUCGGAACCGGCUUCUUCUCCAAGGUCUACAAGGUGAUGCACGGCACCACCAAGAAGGUGAUGGUGGUGAAGAUCUAUAAGAACGACGUGGAUCAGAACAGCAUCGUGAGGGAGAUCAGUCUACUUCAGAAACUCUCCCACCCCAACAUAGUGAGGUACCUGGGGAUCUGUGUCAAGGAGAAUAAGCUGUACCCAAUUCUUGAGUAUGUGAGCGGAGGCUGUCUGGAGGAGCUGCUGGCCAGGCAUGACGUCAACCUCUGCUGGAGAGAGAAGAUCGAACUGGGCUGUGAUAUCAGCCGAGGAAUGACUUAUCUCCACUACAAGAACAUCUACCACAGAGAUCUCAACUCUAAGAACUGCCUGAUCCGCGUGACCUCGCGCGGCAGGGAGGCUGUGGUCACAGACUUCGGCCUGGCUAGAGAAGUGGGGGAUCUGCCUGCAAAUGAGCCUGACAGGAAGUUGUCUCUGGUGGGGUCGGCCUUCUGGAUGGCGCCUGAAAUGCUUAGAGGAGAGCCGUACGACCGCAAGGUGGAUGUCUUCUCUUUUGGGAUCAUGUUGUGUGAGAUCUUAGCAAGAAUCCCUGCCGACCCAGAAGUGCUGCCCAGGACAAAGGACUAUGGGCUGGAUGUGGAAUCGUUCAGAGAGCUGGUGCAGGGCUGCCCAGAGCGGGUUCUGGAACUCUCUGCCAGCUGUUGUCAGAUGGAUGCAUUCCGAAGACCUUCCUUCUCUGAGCUCCUGGAUGAGCUGGAGGACAUCGCCGAGACCCUAGAGCCACCAGACAACAUCCUAACCACGGGUUGAUCUCACAAAUCCAUCCUAACAAACCCCUGGACUGGAGGAUUUAAGGGACAGUGCUACAUAAGAGUGCAGCAGUGGACCGUGAACGCACUCUGUUCUCCCAAGAGUUGAAUAUACAGGGGAAUGUCUGGUAAUUGAGGACAAAACCACUCAACUGAAGGUUCGCUCGAUAACCAGUUCUGGAUGCCCUCCAUGCAGUGCGUGACCCUGAAUGAUUGCGAGAGUCCAUUUGAGAGGCUGAAUUUGACCUUUUCUCAUUUUUAUUUUAUAUAGAUGAAAGUAAUAUGAUUGUUUAGGGACCAAGUUGUCAGAUUAUUAUUUUUUAAAAGACCAGAUUCUGUACAGACCAUUCCUGUUUUAUAUGGGUUACAGAAAAUUAAGUUCCCUUUUUCUUUUUUUUUUAGGAAAUUUUAAAUACAGCAGAGGAACAAACCAGUCCAGAAAAACUUAUUUGUCCUGUAUUUGAUUUCACCUCUUAAAACUUGCAUACUCUUUCAAAAUAAUUGCACACUUUGCUUAUUUGACAUGUACUGCUAAUUUCACCUUUUUAUGCCUUGUUGUACUUGCCAUGUCACCCAUUAUUCCCACUGUUAACAUCCAUGUCUGAUUGAUAGAGCUCUAAAAUUAUCCAGUUAAAUAUCUCAAAAACAUGGUCAUAGAAUAUGCAUAGAGCUCAACUUUUAAAACAGUGUUUUAAUAGAUUUACAGUAGGAAAUUUACAAAAUAUCUUAAUGGAGCAUGAUCUUUACAUUUAAUUUGACCCAUACAAUGUAUUUUUGGCUUUUGCUACAAAUAUACCCAUGCUACUUAAGACUGGUUUUGUGCUCCAGGGUCACAAUUACAUAAUGUAUUACUGAAUACUAAUUUAGUCAUAAAAGCUGAACAAUCACAAAACAGUAAAAACAGAACAGAGCCGUUUGUUAUUGUAUUCCAGUAAGGGCUGUGGAAUCAGUGUUUUCUCAGGUCAUAAAGGGGUUUUAAAUAUGUGAAUAUUCUCAUAUUGGUUGGGUCUUGUGCUUUGUCCAUGUACAUAUGUUUAUAUAGUCCUUUCACAGAUGUCCGCAAAUAGUCUUUCUAAACCAGAAUCUAUUUUGUUUACGGAGUUUAACUGAACUGUUUGUAUUAUUUCUGACUCUAUUUGUGUAUAUGGUUCUUUCAAAUAUGUAUAUAGCUAGUUUAUUAGUUACACCAAUAAAAGCAUACUGGUUAGUUUGA